AACGGCGAAUGAGCGGAAGGCGUUUCGUGCUUAGCGGUGGUUGUUCUAGUCUGUAGUUUCCCGACAGAGGCGUGACUGCAACAGGAACGAUGCUUUUCUACUCCUUCUUCAAGUCUCUAGUAGGGAAGGACGUGGUGGUAGAGCUGAAGAAUGAUCUGAGUAUCUGUGGUACUCUACACUCCGUUGAUCAGUAUUUGAACAUUAAGCUGACUGAUAUCAGUGUAACAGACCCAGAAAAGUAUCCACACAUGUUGUCCGUGAAGAAUUGUUUCAUCCGUGGAUCUGUUGUGCGCUAUGUACAGCUUCCUGCUGAUGAAGUUGACACUCAGCUUCUCCAGGAUGCUGCACGGAAAGAAGCUGUUCAGCAAAAGCAGUGACCUACAAGAGCUGAAAGGGUGGGAGCUGGUUCACAAGCAGUGAUGGGUGUUGUCAACUGCCUGUAUUUCUAUAAGGCCAUGUAUAGGAGCCAGCAGCAACUUCUUACCUGUUAUACAGGUUUCACAUUCUUUUUUUUUGUAAGAGACCCACUUUUUUUUCAUCCUAAUUUAUGAAGUUUCAAAUGCAAUGACUUGUAAUACUGUUCACUUUUGAAUACAAGCUAGGCAUUUUGCUCUGCAAAGACGUGGUCUCAGAUAUAUUUGGGGAAGACCAAGCCCCAAGGUUUUCUUUUUGAUUAAAUAAAGUCUGUAGUAACA